AUGCAACCAUCAUAUGUCUCGUCACCGUACAUUCUGUCCAUAUCAUUGAAAUUUGCUAGGAAGUAUUUCCUUGAGAAAUAUGGCAAUUUAGUGCUUUGUGUUCCAGGCAGAGGAUCUUGGUCUGUCAAAUGCACAAUCGGACCAGGAAAUGCUAAAGUUUUUUGGAAGAAAUUCGUGCUUGACAAUGAGUUAAAACUUGGUGAUGUUUGUGUAUUUGAAGUGAUUAAGGGCAGUAAGCCCUUGAUGGAUGUUACUAUAUUUCUAGCAGCUGGGAGCAUUCCAAUGCAUAAGAUAGCUCGCGAAGAGACAGGGGUUUCUGAUGGUAAAAACAAGAUUAUCGAUACUGAUAAUUUUGUUCCAUGUUCUCAACCCAAAAUUGUUCACAGCAGGAAAUUAAAGCAGCGAAGAGGAGGUUCAUAUGGUUCCGGUUCAAAUAUUAAAGAAGAAAAUGGGGAAUGCAGUGGGAUUGAGCAUUCUGUUGAGAUAUUGGGCCAUUACCCGUUAAGAAAGAGCAGCGAAAGAAAAAGACCAGAAGGGGAGACAGAGGAUGAUGUCUCAAUUGACAUUCAUACCGAAGGAAGCAGAGAAAGUUGCAGGAUGCACAAGCAACAGUCCAAGGUGGUUUAUGCUAAAAACAAGAUAGUAUUGAACAAAGAGGGGUCUAUAGAAUAUCAAAGAGCAAAAGCUUUUAAGUCUGAGAAUCCAUUUGUUUUAUAUUUUAUGCAACCAUCAUAUGUCUCAAAAGCAUACAGACUGCACAUAUCGUUCUUAUUUGCUAGGAAAUAUGUCCCCGAGGAAUGUGGCAAUUUAUUAGUGCUUCGUGUUCCUGGAAGAGGGUCUUGGCUUGUCAAAUAUACCCUGGGUAUAUCAAAAACACAAAUUUGUUUCUCUUGGAAGGCAUUCGUACUGGACAAUAAGUUAAAAUCUGAAGACGUUUGUGUAUUUGAAUUGAUUAAGGGUGGCUCUAAGCCCAUUCUAGAUGUCACUAUAUUUCGUGCGGCUGAGAGCAAACCAGUGCAUAAAAUAGAUGAAAAAUUGGCAGGGGUUUCUGAUUGUAAAAACAAGACUAUCAAAACUGAGAAAUCAGUUCCAUGUUCUCAACCCAAAAUAGUUCACAGCAGGAAACUGAAUCUUGAAAAGAAGCAGAACGGAGAUUCAGAUGGUUUCACUUCAAAAAUUAAAGAAGAAUUCAGUGAAGACACUAGGAAGCAUGUGCAACAAUCUAAGUCUUCUUGUAAGGGCAAAGCGGUGGACAAAGAAAUGGUUAUAGCGUAUCAAAGAGCGAAAGCCUUUACAUCUGAAAAUCCAUUCUUCAUAUGUUUCAUGCAUCCAUCAUAUGUGUCUUCUGCCAGCGGCCGGAUGCGAUUGUCCAUAACACUGCCGAUAGCUAGGAAAUUUUUUGCCACUAAACAUAGUGAUGUGGUACUUCAAGUUUCAAGCAAGAAAUCCUGGGCUGUAAAAUGCAUUCUUGGAACAGCAAAUGCUAAGUUGACCUCCGGUUGGAAGAAGUUUGUGCUUGACAAUAGCCUAAAAGUAGGUGAUGUUUGUGUCUUCGAAAGGUUCCUUGUUGAUCAGCCAAAAGAUGUGGUAGCAAAAAGGUUGGUGGCUGGGUGA